AAAUUACUAAAACAAAUGUUAAAAUGUGAAAGCUAAAAGAUAAAGCUACAGACAGAACACAAGACAAAGAGGUUCCUAUUGUCAUUUGCAGAGAGAGAGAGAGAGAGAGAGAAAGCUACUUCACUCCUUCCUUCCUCCGUCUCCCCUGAGCCCCACCACAUUCUCCUCUCCGUCGACACGAACCCCUCUCUUCCUCGCUUCUGAAGCAUCUCCCCUUCACAGAGAACAAGCCGGCCUUUUGAUGGGUGCGGCGGCAGAUUCUAGAACCAAUCAGAGGAGGAUCUCGUGAAUGAAUCUUUGUGUUUCUUAUGGGGAAGAACAGUGACGAGGAGCAGAGCCUCCCAGAGAACAACGAAGGAAGCAGAUGCUCUAGCUCUAGCUGUUGUUCUGCUCGGAUCUCAAGAUGCUUUAGUCUCAGAUGCGUUUUGAUUCUUGCUUUCUCCGCCGCCGUGUUUCUCUCCGCCGUGUUUUGGUUGCCUCCAUUCCUCGGCUUAUCAGAUCGUGAUGAUCUAGAUCUCGAUCCAAGGUUUAAAGAUCACAGAAUAGUGGCAAGUUUUGAUGUUGAAAAACCAGUUUCGUUCUUGGAAGACAAUUUGUUGCAGCUUGAGAAUGAUAUCACUGAUGAAAUAAGCUUUCCCAUGACCAAAGUUGUGAUAUUAGCUCUUGAACACUGGGGGAGGAAUCUAAACAGAACAAUGGUUAUCUUUGCAAUCGACCCCAAGAAGAAGACUUCUAAGAUACCUACAGAGAUUGAGAGUCUGAUCAAGGCAGCUUUUGUAUCUUUGGUAACAGAUCAGUUGUCUUUCCGGUUAACUGAAUCCUUGUUUGGCCAACCUUUCUUCUUUGAGGUGUUAAAGUUCCCAGGAGGCAUCACUGUGAUCCCUUCCCAGCCUGUAUUCCCCUUGCAGAAAGCUCAGCUUCUCUUCAACUUCACAUUAAACUUUUCUAUUUACCAAAUUCAAUCUAACUUUGAGGAACUCAGUAGCCAGCUGAAGAAGGGUAUAAACCUGGCUCCCUAUGAGAACCUGUACAUAACCUUGUCAAACUCCAGAGGCUCAACGUUGGCGCCUCCUACUAUAGUUCAUUCUUCUGUUCUUCUCACGUUCGGAACAUCAUCAAGGCUGAAGCAGCUUGCUCAAACUAUCACUAGCUCCCAUUCUAAAAACCUUGGCCUAAACCACACCGUGUUUGGUAAGGUUAAGCAAGUCCGUCUCUCCUCAAUCUUACCACAUUCACCAGUCAAACCGUUACCCCCUUCGCCUUCUCCUUCUCCUCAACCUGAAACCCACAAACACCACCACCAUCAUCAUCACCACCAUCAGGAACAUGCUCCAGAACCUUCACCUGCAGCUCAGAGCCUUGCACCUGCAUCUGCGCCAAUUAAACACUUGCAUUUACACCGGAGAAGCCCACCUCCUUGCCCUUACGAGCAGAGGAGGAGACCAAAAGGAAACAAUGCUCUGAACCAUCACACUGCAGGACCAACUCCUGCACCACACCGGUCUCAGCAACACGCACCAGCACCAAACCAUACCCCGGCAAGUCAUCAUCAUGCUAUUCCAGUUUCUAGCCCACUUCCCCAUGUAGUAUUUGCUCAUAUCCCACCUCCAGCAAGAAUGUCCCCAGGUGAAAAAACACCCGCACCUUCUCCCACUCCAUCUUCGGCUAGCAUUGGUCCAACCUUCAGAUGGGUGUCAUGGAAGCUGCUUGUAAUAGUAGCCGUUGUAAUAAUCUGUCUGUAAAAGAAAAAGAGAAAAAAAGCGCCAGGAAGAAACUGCUUUUAACGUUCAAGCUGUAAAAAAAGAAGCAGCAGUUCUCAAAAGCAGAACUUCUCUGGUCCCAACAUCAAUGUAAUUGUAUAGAUGAACACAAGGCCAACAACAACAAAAAUGUAUGUAUGGAAAAUGAAGAGAGUUUUUGUAAAAGAGCUGUUGAGGUUUGCAACACAAAAGUGUGUCUUUGCACCUAACAUCCGAGAAAGAAACAAAAAAAAAACUUCUAUAUAAUAUCUGUUUUUGUAUAUAAAAUUUCAUCCAAUUUGUGUUUUUCACAUA